AGAGUGGGCAUAACGUCAAAGCAUUUUCUUUGAUAGGAUUAUACACUUCGUUUUCCUUACACGUUUUACCAACUCUGUUUCUUUCUUUCUUUCGAUCUGCUAUAAACUUCCCGGACCAAUUAAGAUCCAAAACCCACCACCGCAGCCGCCCAGGGAGAGAGGGAGAGGAAGAGGCAAAAAGAUGUGCUGUGGGACGAGGAUAUGCAUGCUGUGCACGUGCCUGAUAAUGGUGGUGGUAUUGAUCGGGUGUCUGUUCGGGUUCGGGGUGUUCAAGAACGGGUUCCACAAGCUGAAGGACACCGUGGAUCUCUGCGAUCCCAAUAUCAAUGGGAGUCUCUGUGGAAGGCCCUUCUUUGGUUUCCCAGCUCCUGCUCCUUGAUUCAUGCUACCUAGCUGUGUGUAAUCUCCGAUUGACUGCAUCAUGUAUUCUUGUUUUACCAUUUACUAGGAUUUUCUUUUUCUUUUUUAAAUUUUCAUCUGGGCAUUUGCAAUAUUGUUAAAGGAUUUGGAAUGAUUCUUGGGAUUUUAUGUUGAUUUGAUAAUGCCUUUCUUCU